UUAAAACUUAAAAUUCUUAUACAUAACACAUAUUAUUGUAAAAAAUUAUAAAAAAAAAAUAAUUUAAAUUAACAAAACUAAUAAAAAAUUAUAAAAAAAACAAAAAUAAUUAAACAUGUCGCUCAACGGUAAAAAUGCAGAUGAUGCAGCAACAGCAGCCCAGCAGCAAAUAGAAAAUAAUAAUUAUAACAACAACAAUAAUGUCAUUAAAGAUACCUCCUUUACACCUUCCUCUACAACGACGGUGGCGGGAGCAGCAUUGUCUUCAGAGCAUCCUCCCACGUCAUCAAGAAGUUUGACAGAUAACAACUCAGAUCACAAUAAUACUUCUAGUUCUAGUUUUAUACACAUUCCACCUCCCCCUCGUUCAACUCAUACUACAAAAUCUGCAGCAAUGGCGCCAACUGCAAAUAGUGAAAGUAUGAGUAACACUAACAGCUUAAGUAGAAGAUCAUUAGAUGUUCACACAUUAGAUAUACAUGAACCACAACAACAACAACAAUUACACAAUAAUAAUGUUAACAAUAUUAACAAUAAACAACAUGAACAACAACAGCCAUCAACACCAACAUUAUCAACAAAUUCGAAAUUAAACUCUACAACACAUGAAUACACCAGUAACAAUGGUGUACCCCAUGGACACUAUCGUAAUACAUUACCACCUCAAGAUGAUAAUUUUAAAUUAUUUACUAUAUAUGGAAAUGACACCGACAAUGACAAAUUGUCCGGUUUACCACAUUCUACAACCGGUUCAUUAAGCUCUAUCAUCACGACGUCCAUAGCAUCCUCAGAACCUGAUCCGGGAGCGGGCAGCGGUGGUGGUGGCAAUGGCGGAGGCGGCGGUGGUCAUGAUCCCUCAAAUAGUGUAGAUGAAAAAAUGGCCUUAAAUCGACCGGGUAUUAAACAGGAAAAAUGGUCUUCGAUCUUAAUACAAGUGUCAAUACCAUUCUUUUUGGCUGGCAUAGGCACAAUAGGAGCUGGUAUUAUUUUAGGUAGAGUAGAGAAAUGGCGUGUAUUUAAGUCUGUUAGUGAAUUGUUCAUUUUGGUUCCUGCCCUGCUUGGUCUCAAGGGCAAUUUGGAUAUGUGUCUGGCCUCACGUCUCUCCACACAAGUGAAUUUGGGUAAUAUGACGGGAAAGAAAGAGGUUAUACGUAUGAUUGUUGGCAACAUAGCAUUGGUGCAAGUGCAGGCCACGGUGGCAUCAUUUCUGGUCGCUAUGUUUGCGGUAUCUGUAGGCGCUGCCAUGGAUGGUAAUUUCUAUUUUGAACAUGUUAUGUUAUUGACGGCGUCGGCAAUGUUUACGGCGACAUCGUCAUGUUUUGUGUUAGACUUUGUAUUAGUGGCUGUGAUAUUAUUAUCUCAAAAGUAUCGUUUGAAUCCUGAUAAUUUGGCAACCCCCUUAGCUGCCUCCAUAGGUGAUGUGGUUUCAAUUAGUUUGCUAUCGUUUAUUGCUUCGAUUUUAUUCGAUAACAUAAAAACUCAUUUAUGGAUAACUUAUGUUGUAGUGGCCUGUUAUCUGGUCUUGUUACCAAUGUGGGUAACAGUUGUAUUAAAAAAUAAAUAUACACGUCCUGUGCUCAAGAGUGGUUGGGUGCCAGUAUUAUCGGCCCUGUGUAUUAGUGGUUUGGGUGGUCUGGUGUUAGAUGCUGCUGUCGAAGUAUUUCAUGGUUUUGUGGUAUUCCAGCCCAUUAUCAAUGGUAUUGGUGGUAAUUUGGUUUCGGUACAGGCUAGUAAAAUAUCAACAAUGCUGCAUCAAAGUUCAAUUAUUGGCAUUAUACCACCACAUACGAAAAUAUUCGAAUGGCCCUGGAAAGCAUUAUUUAAAGGAGUGCCCUAUGCUAAAACUGCUCGCUUAUUGAUUGGUCUGUCAAUUCCUGGUAAUAUAUUGUUUAUAUUUGUAGCUGAUUAUAUACACAUGUCUCAAUCGACAAUAACCUGGGCAUUUGCUCUCUCGUAUUUGAUUGCCAGUUUGAUACAGUUAAUGCUUCUUUUGUAUAUCGCCCACAUAAUUGUACAUGCCAUGUGGAAAUGGAAAAUCGAUCCAGAUAAUUCAUCUAUACCUUAUCUUACAGCCCUGGGUGAUUUAUUGGGCUCUAGUCUUUUGGCCUUGGCCUUUAUAUUCCUGUUAUCGAUUAACAAGGAAUAUGGAGCGGGCUUGGAUACUUUAAAUGCUUCAAACUAAAAUAAGAUUGAUUUAUUGAUUUCUAUCUGUAUGUGCUGUGAUUUGAAAGUGAAAGAAGUAGAGAGAGAGAGAGAAAGAGUUGUCUUCUAAUUAGUCUGCACAAUGAUUUUGCCAUUCUUAAAUCAUUGUUAAGGCGAGAAGAUAAAUGCAUGUACUAUUUUAAUUGCCAUAAAUAAUAUUUUAACAAAAAAUACAAAUAAAAAACAAUAAACAGGGUUGUAAGUUAUAUAGUCAGUCAACGACUUCUAAUUACUACUGCUAUAUUUAACAUACAUACGUACUGCAGUUAGAGUUAGUUUAAAUAAAAAAAAUUAGAGUAUAGAGUUGGACAUGUUAAGAUUUUAUAUGUGUUAUAUAAAAUGCUAACAACAAAACAAUAAUAAUUAAAAGUUGAAUGGUCGAGACCAGUGUUUAGUUUAGUUUCAUUCUCCAGUGUACCUUAAUGGAUUUAAAUUUAGUAAUUAUGUAUGUAUUUUAAUUUAUUUUAAAUGAAAUUAAGUAAAUUACCUUUAACAUUAAGCCAAUAAAACCUAUACACCUUCCCCUCUCCCCUAAAAGUCCUUCCUUUUCCCCUUAAUGUUGUAAAAAACCUUUUGUUCCUCCCCCAGAAUAAAUAUGUAUGUGUUUAUUUAAAAUAGUAAAUUUAAUUUGAUAAAGAAAAUAAAACAAAAA